AUGGAGGAUUGCUUAUCUGAGAUAAAGGGAAUUGGUUCAUCACAAUCUAUAAAAAACUAAAGAGAGUAUGAUGAAAAAAGUGAUCAUUAAAAUAUUUUGAUUAAUGAUAUCGAUGAUUUGAUGCCACUUUUUAAGGUGAAUGUUGAUGGAGUUCAGAAAAUUUUAGAGACUAUCAGAUCUAAUAUUGUCAAAAUUGUAGAACUCAAAAAGCAAUAUAUCAGUGCAACUAGAUCUGAGGCUGAGUAAGAAUUAAGUACGAAGUUGGAUAGUAUAAUACAAUAAAAUAAUCAACUAUAGGAGAGAUUGAAAAAAUUAAUAGGAUAAGUAGCUUUGGAUGUUGAGAAAGCAAAAGAAGAGUAGCCUGAUGAACCUGAAACGAGAAUGAAAAUGGAUAUCUGGGCAGCAGUAUCUCUGAAAGUGAAGACUGUGUUGACAGAGUUUCAAGAUGCUCAAUUAGAUUUCAAAAAGGAUAUGAGGAACAAGAUAAAAAGACAAGCAACCUAGUUGGAUUUUAGUCUUAAUGAGAAUUAAAUAGAUGAAUUAUGCGAAGAUCCAAAAAAAAUGUAAGAACUAUUACAACAGAAAAUCUACGGAUAAGCGUCGAUUAAAACUUAGAAUGCAGUAUAAGAUAUUCAAGAAAAAUAUAAAGACAUCGUUAAGCUAGAGAAAAGUGUGCAAUAGAUGUAUUAACUAUUUGCAGAUAUGGCAGUGUUGGUUAAGAAUCAAGGAGAAUUGAUUGAUAAUAUUGAAUAGAACAUGGUAAAAGCAAGGGAUUACGUUAUAAAGGGAGAGGAUGAAUAGAGGAAGGCCAAGAAGAAUCAUAAAGCUGCCAGAAGAAGAAUGUGCUGUAUCAUAAUGAUUGGACUGGUUUUGAUUUUAGUUAUAGUUGGUCCUGUCUUAGGAACCUCUUUGUGA